CCCCGCCUCUUCUGCUGCAUGCCAGAACAUGGUGAAGGGACAGCGCAAAUUCCAGGUGCACAAGCCAGCAAAGAGCAAGACUGCAGCGGCGGCCUCUGAGAAGAAUCGGGGCCAAGGAAAGGCGGUCGUGUUAUUGAUCCCAAGAAGGCAUGCUGCAUGCGUCGUGCAGCAGCAGAAGCUCAAUAAGAACCUAGAAGUUGGGAUCCGGAAGAAGAUCGAACAUGACGUGAUGAUGAAAGCCAGCAGCAGCCUGCCCAAGAAGCUACCACUGCUGAAGGCCCUGGCCAAGAAGAACAGGGCAGCUGCCACCACCCCCUCCAACAAGGCACCUUCCUGAGGACACUGGCCCAGCACACGCCAACACUCUAGCCUCCACCUCCACGACAGAACAUUGCAGUGAUCCCACAAGCUGCAGUCUCAGGAAGAGGACCCUGUCCCCCAGCUCUGGGCCUCACCUAGAACUUCAGUGGGGGCCUGACCCAUGGGCAGGUGAUCAGCAGAUCUUAGCAUACUGAGAACUGUCCCCAUGCCCCUUCCCAGGUCCUGCCUCCACAGGUUUAACCCAGAGUAAUAAACCUGGCUUUGUCAU